AUGGAGCAUGUGGAAGGAUCUUUGGAAACGGCGCUGUCUAGAGACAAGACGGCAUCGCCCCCGUCACCGAGUGAAGCUGAGAAAGAUGAGGAGAUGGUAGAGGACUCGUUCGACGAGGACGUUCUUGGUCCAGUGGAAGACAACAUUGAGAGAGUCUCUUGCCAUGAGCUGAGCACGCAGGAUUUCAUCGAGAGGUUUGAGAUCCCGUGCAAACCUUGCGUCAUUACGGGUCUUCUAGAUAGAUGGCCUGCGAAGCACAAGUGGAGCUUUCAGUACUUUGCAGAGAAGUAUGGAGCAGCGAGAUUCAAGUGCGGGGAGGACGACGACGGGUACAAGGUCAAACUGAGAUUAGACUACUUCGUUCAUUACCUGAAGAAUGGUGCAAAAUUGGACGACUCUCCUCUCUAUGUGUUCGACGCUGAUUUCGGUGAUGACGGGAAGAUCACCAAACCGAUGCUUGACGACUUCACCAUCCCAAUAUACUUCCGUGAAGAUCUGUACCAGUACGCUGGGGAAGAGAAAAGACCUCCGUACCGAUGGGUUUUGCUCGGACCAAAAAGAAGUGGGAGCUCCAUGCACAUCGAUCCUCUAGCGACGAGUGCUUGGAAUGCGGUCUUGUCGGGGAGGAAGAGGUGGGUUCUGUUCCCUCCUGGUACAGCCAAGUCGCUGGUGAAGCCUGAGAGAUGGAUGGCGAAGAAGGACAGAGAAGCGAUCGACUGGUUUCUCUACCACUACAAGCAGAACUUUGUGAGCACAACGUCCUUCCCUGCUGUCUGGCUGGACUCGACGACUUCAAGGACGAAGCUGUCCCGUCGGUGGCUGCGGGAGCUGCGAACGGUCCGGCCUGACCUCUAUGAGAUCGCACAGAAGUUAGCAGGAGAGGGGGAUGGGAGACUAACGGCGGAGCAACAUCUCGAGAUGAUUCUUGCAGAGAGGAAAGCGAAGAAGGAGGAGAAGAGGAAGAGGAAGAAGCAGAGGAAGGAGGAAAAGAAGAACAAGGAUAGAACAUGA